UUGCACGGCGCACAGAGAAAAUAGUCCGCGCUCGAAGAGACACGACGAUCGCUUCGAGAAACGUGACACUCGUGACAGUAGUUUUGCAACGUUUACGCGAUCCCGAAUCAAAGUUUUAAAGCUAAUUGAUAGAAGUUGCACGUCGAGCGUACAUAUUGUCUCUGUUUAAGGAAGAAAAUAUUCAUCUCUACGAUAGCAAAGGGCGCGGGUAUCACUGCGCUGCACGUUGUGGAAGGAAGCAGAAAUCGAGUAACUAGCAGGAAGUGGGUAGAAGGGGGGUACGUCGUUGAGCUAGUUGAUUUGGUGGUGGCUACAUGUGGCUGUCCGCCGGUCACGACACGGAGACAUUUCUUAUCUGGGCAUAAAAAUUACAUUUUCCAAGGAUAAUCGAUCGCCGAAAGAAGCUGAAAUCAUGCAGAUGGACCCAACGACGGUGCAACUGAUCCAGGUCCUCGAAAGGACCGUGUCGUCAGAUAAAAAUGAGCUGGAGGCAGCUCAGAAUUUUUUGGAACAGGCAGCACAAACUAAUUUUCAUGAGUUCUUGCAAAGACUCAGCGGCGUGCUGGUUACUGCCGCUGCAAGCUCAGUUGCCCGUAUGGCAGCAGGUCUUCAGCUCAAGAAUCAACUUACAUCCAAAGAUGUCCAAUUGAAAUAUCAAUAUCAACAACGCUGGCUUCAAAUUCCUGUAGAAACUAGGGAAUUUAUUAAGAAAAAUAUUUUUGGAGCACUUGGAACAGAAAACAAUAGGCCAAGUUCUGCAGCACAGUGUGUUGCAUAUGUUGCUGUUACUGAAUUACCUGUUGGCGAAUGGACCAACAUUAUUCAGUUGCUAGUCAACAAUGUUGUUAACGCAAACAGUACUGAAAUAAUGAAAGAGGCGACGCUAGAAGCCAUUGGUUACAUUUGUCAAGAUAUAGAAAGCGACGUUUUGGUACCUCAGUCUAAUCACAUUCUCACUGCUAUUAUUCAUGGCAUGAAAGGAUCUAGUACUUCGCAUCACGUUCGGCUUGCUGCUACUAGUGCACUCUACAACUCCUUAGAAUUUACCAAAGGAAAUUUCGAAAUAGAGUCAGAGAGAAACUUCAUCAUGGAGGUGGUGUGCGAAGCAACGCAAUCUGUAAAUACGCAAGUUAAAGUAGCUGCUUUACAGUGUCUUGUGAAAAUUAUGUCCUUGUACUAUCAGUAUAUGGAGCCGUAUAUGGCUCCAGCGCUAUUUCCUAUUACUUUAGAAGCCAUGAAAUCAGAUAUCGACGAAGUUGCACUUCAAGGAAUUGAAUUCUGGUCGAACGUAUCGGAAGAGGAAGUCGAUCUAUCCAUGGAGGAAGGUGAAGCUUCCGACGGUGGUCGACCACCGGUUAAAGUAUCGAGGCAUUAUGCAAAGGGAGCUUUGCAAUUUUUGGUACCUGUUCUAAUGAAAAAACUCACAAAGCAAGAAGAAUUCGAUAACGAAGACGAUUGGAAUCCUUCGAAAGCCGCAGGGGUGUGUUUGAUGUUAUUGUCUUCUUGUUGCGAGGAGGCCAUUUUCCCAUACGUUCUUCCUUUCGUCAAGGACAAUAUCAAAAGUCCCGACUGGAGGUUUCGAGACGCUGCCUUGAUGGCUUUUGGUUCGAUUCUCGGAGGAUUAGAUCCUGGCUCCGUUAAACCAUUAAUAGAGCAAGCUAUGCCAACGUUGAUAGAAUUAAUGUACGAUACCAGCGUCGCGGUAAGGGACACGGCUGCUUGGACGUUCGGUCGUAUUUGCGAGAUCAUACCGGAAGCUGCGAUCAACGACACGUACUUGAAACCAUUAUUAGAAGCCUUGAUAAACGGUUUGAAGGCAGAGCCUCGCGUCGCGGCGAACGUUUGUUGGGCGUUUACAGGGCUCGCGGAAGCCAGCUACGAGUCCGCACAGACAGACGAGGAUGGACAACAGCCCGAUACCUACUGCAUGUCUCCGUACUUCGAUUUCAUUAUUCAGAGAUUGUUAGAAACGACGGAUCGCGCGGACGGAAGUCAGGCCAACUUGCGAUCAGCCGCGUACGAGGCUUUAAUGGAGAUGGUCAAGAAUUCUCCGCGAGAUUGUUACGUGACGGUGCAAAAAACUACGAUGGUGAUCCUAGAGAGGUUGCAGCACGUACAGCAAAUGGAAACACACAUCCAAACUCACACGGAUCGUGCUCAAUACAACGACCUUCAAUCGUUGCUCUGCGCCACCUUGCAAUCCGUACUGCGUAAAGUUACACCGGAAGAUGCGCCACAGAUUUCCGACGUGAUCAUGACCGCGCUCUUGUCCAUGUUCAAUUCCAACUCCUGCAAAGAGGGUGUACAGGAGGACGCGCUCAUGGCUGUUUCGACCUUGGUCGAAGUGCUGGGAGAAGGUUUCCUGAAGUACAUGGACGCGUUUAAACCGUACCUCUGUUUGGGCUUGAAAAAUCACGCUGAAUACCAGGUUUGUUGCGCCGCCGUGGGUCUGACCGGCGACAUUUGCCGCGUCUUGAGGAACAAGAUGCUACCUUAUUGCGACGAGAUCAUGACCCUGUUACUGGAGAACCUUGGUAACAACACGGUUCAUCGUUCGGUGAAGCCUCAGAUCUUCUCCGUCUUCGGCGAUGUCGCUCUAAGCAUCGGUCCUGAAUUCAAAAAGUAUCUGGACGUAGUGCUGCAGACAUUGGCGCAAGCCUCUCAGGCGAACGUCGAUAGGACUGACUACGACAUGAUCGAUUAUCUGAACGAAUUACGGGAGGGUGUUUUGGAGGCUUACACCGGUAUCGUGCAAGGAUUACGCGGCGACAUGUCGAAUGCUUGCCCGGAUGCUGCGAUCGCUCUCGUUGAACCCCACGUGCCCUUUAUCAUUCAAUUCAUCACGUCGAUAGCACAGGAUCGGGAACAUUCUGAAGGCAACAUAUCGGCCUCGGUAGGCUUGCUCGGCGACUUGGUCACCGUAUUCGGGGCGAAAUUAUUGCCAAUGGUAGAGACUGAACCGCUCACCGAGUUGCUAACCAAGGCCAGACGAUCGCGCACUCAAAAGACUAAAACUUUGGCCAACUGGGCAACCAAAGAGAUUCGAAAGCUCAAGAGUGCUGCCAACUCAACGUCCAGUUGAUCACCCCACGGUUGUACUGUCGUGCAAUUUGAUUUGACUAGAAAGCUAUCGAACACAAUGCAAAGACAACAAGAUUGGAUGGUGCGGAUGCGAGUUGAUGGAUGUGCGUGAGUUCCAAAAGCGAUGACGAUGAUGAUGGGGUGAUGAGUCUGCACGUGUCCCUGCUCUGGCGACGGUAUUCGAGUACCGACACGUCGAGCGCAGCCCAAUUGGUCGAGACUCAAACAAAAAAACAAAAACAGAAUACAAAAAAAAAAAAGAUAAAAUAAAAGAACAAACGAAAGAAUACCUGUCUGCCGGAUGUCUGCCGACAACUGAUGGUGAGGAGUGCAAGUGGAUUGUUGCCGAUGAAUGAGCCAAGGCCGAAGCCUGCCUGCCGAGAUGAUGUUCCGGUGAUGCAAGUAUGCCUGAUAACGAGCCUGGGGCUUCUACCCGCGUGAUUGAGAAGUUGAACCUGAGGAAAGGACGACUUCGAUGGACAAUGAUCGUGGCCAGUGAGAAAGAAAACGAGAGAAAGGGAGACAGAUGAAUGAGAAAGAAGAUUAAAAUGUGAUAGAGAAAUUAAGUGAGAGAAAGAGAGAGAGAGAGUGAGAGAGAAAGAGAGACUGUACAAUUAAUAGUGUAUGAGAGUAAUUGAUCGAGAGAAUGAAAUUUUUUCCUAUACGUAUGCGUGUGAUAGUCGUAUAUAUUAUUAAAUAAAACGCCAUCGAACGAACGAUUGUGCAUCGUCUCGCAGAAAGUACAUUUAUUACGCGUACUCGUUGUAAAGCUCGAGCUUUUUUUUUUCCUCCAAACUGUAGCUUAUCAACGAAUCGUGUACUAUCAUUUCGAUUCCUCGCUGAAACGAUCAUCAUCCGCUCGAUAGAUGAGAAUCGGAGCGUCAUCGUGUCGUAUGUUUGCUGGCGUGAUUCGCAGUUAACGAGCGAAAUAAAUGAUCGUGAAAAUAUGAUGAUUGCUAUCCGAUGCAGCGAAAUGUUGCGUGAUUGCGUCUAGACUAACAGAAAGCGAGGGAGUGAAAGAGAAAAGAGGAACGUGAUGAACGUUGAAUGAUUGUAAAGAAGAAAAGAGAAGAUUUAAUAAACGAAACUAAAAGGUCGGAAAGAUUCGAAAUACUGGUGACCCCCUGGUCCCCGAUCAUGCUGCGCGAGAAUCCAAACGAUCAGUUGUAGUAUGAUGAUGCGUAUGUUAUUUUUUUUUUCCCCCCGUAUGUGAAUGUCUGUUGCUGUUGAUAAUUCAUUAAAAUUAAUAUUUUGCUGGCAUAA